ACCGUCAAGUUUAGUAACACUGAACAUUGGGAUGGUUUGCACCGAAGUAAGACUGAGCUCUGUUCAGCCACCAUAGCGGUAUGCGACUGUUCAUAUUAAUAUUUAACUUUGCACCAGUUUUCGGUAACCACAUCCGCAUUCGUCGGCUAGCUAACAGCUAACUAGUGCAAGAAGGGCUACAGUCAGUUCACCAAACACACCAGUAUUACUCUCCCUUCCAUCAGGACACUAGGCAGCAAGAGAUGGAGCUCUUACUGGUGUAAAAGCUGCUGAAGGAACCAAGGUUUUGCCGCAGUUCUCCUAAAGCUGGAUUUAAAGUGUUCAGUGAUGGUCUAUGAGUGAUAAGUUUUCCUUACUUCACAGUGAUCAUACAGAUGACUUAUAUUACAGCAACAUGUUUCACUGCCAGGGGAUUGCUGGUCAUAAUAAUCUGUGACUGACAGUUUUGCUGAAAUGUCUUGCACAGAGGACAUAUCAUAAAUCAUAACAAACAGCAUCUACAGUUUGCACAUCAGUACUGUCUCACAGCCAUGGCCUUCUGUCCAUCCAUUUGCAAGAUUUUACGGAGGGGGAAGUAUUUUGUGCUGCUUCUUCUCUCGCUCUCUGUGCUGGCUUGGUUUGCAACAUUUUCAGGAGAAACAGUGAAAGCCCUUCAGGUUUCCUCUGCCACAGCACAGAGUCAUAUUAAAGGAGACAGUCUGAGAGAUAAACUAAUAACUUGGACGUCAGCAUCAGAACAUGUGAGAACUCCUCCGCCAAAGGAUGACUGCCCUGAGGAGUCGCCACUGCUGAAGGGAGCUGUGAAGCUGGUCUUUGAGUCCGCUCUGACACUUAAAGAUGUGGAAAAUGAGAAUAAAGGAGUGUCUGAAGGCGAGUAUGAGCCCGCAGACUGUACCGCGAGACAGAGUGUCGCUAUCCUCAUUCCUCAUCGCAAUCGAGAGAAACACCUCCUCUACCUCUUGCACCACCUACACCCUUUCCUGCAGAGGCAGCAGUUACACUAUGCCAUCUAUGUCAUCCAGCAGGCUGGUGAUGCAACUUUUAACCGUGCCAAGUUGCUGAAUAUUGGCUAUCUGGAGGCUCUGAAAGACUACAGCUGGGAGUGUUUUAUCUUUCAUGAUGUGGACCUGGUUCCUGAAAAUGACCAUAAUUUAUAUGUGUGUGACAAGCAGCCCAAACACUUGGUGGUUGGUCGGAAUGCAACAGGAUACAAACUGCGUUACAAGGGAUACUUUGGAGGAGUCACAGCCAUGACCAAAGACCAGUUUUAUCAAGUGAAUGGAUUCUCAAACAUUUACUGGGGUUGGGGUGGAGAGGAUGAUGACCUUCGCAUUAGGGUCGAGCUGCAGAAAAUGAAGAUUAUGCGGCCGCCUGCUGAUGUAGCUCGCUAUACCAUGGUGUUUCACAAAAGAGACAGUGGAAAUGAAAUAAACAAAGACAGGAUGAAACUGUUGGGUCGGACGCCGCAGGUAUGGAAAAAGGAUGGACUCAAUAGCUGCUCUUAUAAGACUUUAUCUGUAAAGAGGCUGCCUCUUUAUGUGAAUGUAACAGUGGACAUUGGGAAACCACAGAGUUGAGAUUUUAACCUGAAAGACCUGCUGUGACCAAAAAUAGUUAUAUAUUUUUUACAGGAAGUUGAAGACUCUAAUUCAGUACGUGUGUAUCAGUUGCCAUAUCAAGCACACAAAAUGCACACUGAUCUUUUUAGUUUACAUCCAGAGAUUAAAAUCAGCUGGCAGCUAUGGUGACUGAAUAAACUGGAGUUAGCCAGUGCUCCUUUGCACAUCCCUUGCAUAUCAUGCUGCCUUCAUUUCUUCGUAUCAUUAAAAUGCUUCCUCCAUUUAUGCUUAUGUAAGCAACCCGCCAAAUACAAAAAGACUUGCAUUGAACAAACUUUAAAGGUGUGUUUAAAUCUGUUGCUUAAAUGUCUAACUGUUAAACUGGAUUUUAAUACAUGUUUGCCUUAUUUACCCAUGUGCAAUUCUGUAGCAUGAAACACACUGAUAUUUUUUUUAAAUAACAGCCUUCAACUUCAGGAUAGUGUGUAUUUUGUGUGCUUCAGUUUGUGGAUGCAAUGAUGUUUCCUGAGAGCGUUGUGUUUUCACUUAUUUUGAGAAAUUAGACCUUGUGUGAAAUGCUUGUGAGGGACAGACUGAUAUUGUCCUGUAAGACUGAUAAAUUCUUUAGUGUCUUUGUUUUGGGACAGGACAAUUCAACUUUUUCAUAGAAGACAUUUUGCCUUUUCAUAAUAGGAUAAACUGUAAUAAGAAUGUGGAUCAAUCAGAAAUGUUACUAUUAUAGUUUUCUUUUGUGAGCUGCCAUUUAAAAAAACAAAACAAAAAACAACCCCCCCCUCAAAAAAAACACAAUCUCAUUUCUGAAGAAGGUAAAUGAAAUUGAAUCCUAGUUAUUUUAAUCUUUAGCUAUAAAAUGUCAUAAUUUUACUUUAAUAUUUAAUAUUCAAGAGCAGAUCAGAGGUCUACUGGGCUAGAAACUCCAAGGACAGUGUGUGUGUGGUUUUUUGUGUGUGUGUGUGUGUAGAGCAUAUUACAAGACAUUAUUGAAGGUUAGGUAUGAAAUCCGGCUGCCUGAACUCUUCAAGGUAAUUCAAUGUUUGGUUUGCACCUUAGCGGAGACUCUUCAACAACACCAACAUGCUUAUUACAAACUGGAUAAUAUGGGUAAUCUGGGUUAAAACACUGACACUGUUCGUCCAUUAACAUAAAGAUGCUGCAGCGAAAAUACAGAUAAAAGUUUACAAAUUUAAUUGAGCUUAAAUGUGAAAGACAGUACGAUAAAAAAGUGCCGUUGGCUGGAGUGUAGAAGACGACAGUAUGUCAGGAAAAAGCAAAUAAUCUUUAUAAUUUGUUUUACCUUCUACAUCUAGCAAUAUCAUUUCCAGCUCUAAUUCCCCUAAUGAGUUGAAUGAUAGAAAAUGUAAGGAUGACUAAAACGAUAUAUAUCAUAUUGCUUUAGGACGAUACAUAGGGAUGUAAGUUACGUAUCAGUUGUACAGCUGAGAACUUGUUUGGAGACAGUUGUAAAUAGAAUACCAGAAAUUCAUCUAGCUUUUUAUUUUACUGCAUGGUUGACAGAAAAGCAAUAAAAAUUUUGUAAAAUGCAGACAUGACCAAUAACAACAACAACAGCACACGUGUUCUCCGUUAUUAAAGUCAGAACGUGUACUGAAGAAGGCCCUCUAAGUCUCCUAGUAUUGAAAAGACACUGUAAAUGUCUGGACACCACAGAUGUGACCGAAAUUACUCCGUUAUUAACAUUACACUGGGCCAGCUCACUUUAUUUAUUUAUUUACAGAACUGAACCACAAUUUCAAAGAAUGAUCUUCUAUUUGUCCUUAAGAUGUUUUUUUCCUGAGCUUUGCAUACAUACUUUCUUCCAGUGCACGAUAUUUUUUUUUUUUACAAGGCCUUAUAAGUUCAAAAUGGUUAAGGUAGAUUUAUAUGGAUGGUGAUUUAACAGGUGGUGGAAUCUUAUUUAUUAAUUUUUAUGCAGAACAAAGUGAUUUGAGACCAAUCUAUGUUAAUAGUCCAGUAAAAAAAAAAAAAUCACAGAAAAGUUAGCAUAUUUAUGGUUUGAUCAUUGCAUGCUGCUUAGAAAUGUCUGUUACUCAUAUCAACUUACACUGGUAAAACUACAGCAAAUCUAACUGAGGGAGCAGUAUUACAACACUAUACUUACAAACAUAAAUAUGUUUUUCUCGAUGUUUAUUCAUAUUCUGCUGAAGAGCUUCAUAACAAAUAAAGGUAUGACAGAAACAUGCAUUUCUUAAGAGUAAAGCUGCAGUACAUAGUUAGUAUAUGAAGCUCUGACAGGAUUUUAUUAUAAAUAUGUGCAUUUCAAGUCUAAAAAUACAAGUUCUCUGCUUGUGGCCUGUUUCUGUUUACUCCUAUUUGAAUGUUUUGUUAUUUUCCACUGUGGUUUAAAGCCUUUUAUAAUGUGAAAUAAUUAUAAAUGAUGACAACAAAGAAACAUCUGUGCAAAAAAUUGUAGCAUCACAAACUUCACUGAUGUUGAUUGUUGUGGAAUGAAUCUCAAAAAGAUGCCAUGUAGUAACUUUAUCAGAAUACGGAGUCUUUCUUUUUUUUAAAAAUGUUUGAGCAUUGGAUUGGAAUGAUGUGUCAUGUUUUGCUUGUUUUUAUGGGAAAUGAUUGAUCAUGAAAGGGAAUUUCUGAUUUCACUACUAAUGGAACUAUUCUCUUUAGAACACAUGCAAAAUAAAUAGUAUUUUCCUAUGA